UCAACUGCAGGGGACCUGCCCAAUCCAUGUGUCCCACUCUUGCACGUACUGAACAAUGGACUUCAUUUUCCGCCAAUUCUUGGCUUUUUUGUUCCUUCCCGCUACAUGACUUUCAGCUAUUUCCCAAUUGGCUUUAUGCAGAGUCAUGUGGGUUGACGCGGUUCCACGUUAAGUAUGUAACAGCCCCGCCAGAUACUCUUUUGUUAAACUCUGGCAACUGAUAGAUUCCUCACCGAGCAGCGACUCCUUCUGCUCACUUCCAGCAUGAUCAAAUGGGAAAUGAUUGACAUCGGGCUGAUCCAGAGAUUUUUUUAAUGUAAAUUCUUUCAAUUAAUAUGAUUUUUAGCUGGAGUCAAAUGCAUUCCUAAACCAAAUUUCAUUGGUAUCCAAAGAACAGAAUACAGCCAUCAAGGAAACUGAGACCUUCAAAUGUAAUUGUGAAGCUUUCAUUGAUUACCCUAAUAAGAUCUACAAUUUUGCCAAUUGGCUUAAAGAACAGAACAUUCUCUUUCGUUUCAUUGACUGGAACUUACGUGGAAUUGCUCAGGUGAUGUUUGUCAACAAUUCAUUCAGUGGUAUUAUUAUCUUGGCCGGUUUAAUUAUGCAGAAUCCAUGGUGGGCACUGAAUGGCAUCGUGGGCACUAUGUUCUCAACGCUGUCUGCAGUUUUGCUCGGUCAGAACAGAUCCCAAAUUGCAACAGGACUUCAUGGCUACAAUGGCAACUUGGUUGGCCUUCUGCUGGCUGUUUUUUCUAAUAAAGGAGAUUGGUAUUGGUGGCUGCUUCUGCCUGUGUUUGUCAUGUCAGUUGUCUGUCCUGUGCUUUCUAGUGCAUUAACCUCCGUGAUGAAAAAUUGGGACCUGCCAGUUUUCACUCUGCCGUUCAAUAUUGCUGUAUGGAUGUAUUUGGCUGCUACAAGACACAAUAUUUAUCUUCCCCAGAAUUUUAUUCAACCCAUAAAUCCAUCACCAAACUACACAUGGUCAGAGCUCAAUGUUCCAAUGCUUCUGAGAGCUAUUCCAGUGGGAGUUGGGCAGGUUUACGGCUGCAACAAUCCCUGGGCUGGCGCCAUUUUCCUUGUUGCAUUGGUUAUCGCAUCUCCUAUCAUCUGCCUGCAUGCUGUAAUCGGAUCGUCUCUUGGUAUAUUGGCAGGAUUAUCCCUGGAUUCACCAUUUCAGAAAAUCUACGAUGGAUUGUGGAGCUGCAACAGUGUCCUGGGUUGUAUUGCAGUGGGUGGAAUGUUCUAUGCCCUGACAUGGCAGACCCAUCUUUUGGCAAUACUAUGCGCAAUUUUCUGUGCAUAUUUAGGCGAAGCGCUGAUGAAUACAAUAUCUGUGAUUGGAUUACCUGUAUGUACUUGGCCGUUCUGCCUUUCUACAAUUAUUUUUCUUCUGAUGACCAGUAACAACAGAGCAAUUUAUAAAUUGCCACUCAUCAAAGUCACCUGCCCUGAGGAGAACAGAAAGUUUUACAAGGAUAUGCGUAAACAUCAACAACCCGAAUGAAUUGAUGCAUAAUUUAAAAAUCUUAAUGGAUUAUCUAUGUUUUAUACCUGUGCAAACUACAUUGUUUACCUCGUUCUUUCAUGCUAUUUGAUAUUUUCAAUAGUACAAGUUAAAGCUUUAUUUAAUUUUUGAUUAUCAAGAAGUCAAUGAAGAUGCUACCAUUUUGGGGUACCUUUUCAUGUUAACUGAUAACAUUAUGCCAAAGAGACCAACAUAUGAAAUAGUAAAAUAGUCACUUUAGAACAAAAA